AUGGAUUCCAGCGGCGAUAAACCCAGCUCUGUAAAGGACGCUUUCGCCAAGUUGCAGACUGCACCUCCCGUCCAGAACCGGGUUGACCUCUUUCGCAGGCUGAUAAAGGAUCUGGUCGAGGAUCCAGUCGCGAACCCAAAUAUCCCAAAUGCCCUCUUUGAGAAGAACUGGGCAAAAGAUAGCGAAGUGGUAGAUGAAGAUUUCAUUCGGCAGAUCAUCCAGAGCUUUAAAGCGACUCGUGGAGAUCUAUGGACGCACCUGCUCGGAACAUGUACUCCCAACCAGAGUAAAAUGCUCGAGGCGUUCACUGCAAACUCCAAGGUGCACGAAAUUGCUCACCUUUUUGACUUCGGCUGCUCCAGAGCAACCCGUGAGGGUUUCCAGAAUAUGGAGAGAGCAAAUCAGGUUCAACUUUCUCUCCCCCGAAACGUCGAAGGUGGCCGAGAAGCGUGGGAACAGAGGUUCAAGAACAAGCUGGAGAAGCUGUUCCACCUACGCGCUGAGACGACACCAGAGACAGUUAAUAUAGGCCUCUUUGAGGAUCCCAAGCGCUCAACCCCAGUUCUGACUUAUGAGGGCGCUGAGUUCUCUAACUGGGGACGAACCGUCGAAAACCAGCCCGUCUACACAUGCGUCCCGAAGACAAAUUACGGAAUACAGCAAAUCGUUCUAUAUGCUGCAAAUAACAACCUGGGAGUUCGCGUGUCUGGCUAUCGCCAUUCUUGGUCACCAGUUUUUGCUCGUGACAAGGGAUGUAUGCUCAUAUCGACUCUGAGUCUACACCAGGCAGCACAACUUCCCAACGUGGAAUCCCUUGAUCCUCUUUGUCCCAUUCUUUUUGGGGACAAGCCUACAUUGCUCAAUUCAAUCACGGAACUAGGCCCUUUGAAAGAAGAUCCGACCAAGUCACUCGUCCGGGUGGGCUGCGCGACAACCAACGAGCAGUUUCGAUACUGGUGUGUAAAGACAAAGCGGGUAACGUUACCCCUUAAUGUGAUUAUGGUAGAGAUUACCUUUGGUGGUAGCAAUGGUCCGAUCUGCCACGGAGCUGGUAUCAGACAUAAGACACUGAGUGACCUCGUCUAUGCCAUCGAGUAUGUGGAUGUGCAUGGUAAGCUGCAGAUCAUCACCCGAGCCGAUGACGACUUUCUCUCUGCAGCCAGCGGUUGCUUUGGGUUGCUCGGGGUCGUCACCCAUAUCACCCUCGUAGUCGACAAGAUGACAUACGCGGCCAUGACACCUCAGAAGCAGGCAGUAAUCGAUGCCAUACCGCCUCCAGACAGCCUUCGGUCGCGCGUCCCUCCACCGCUCAACCAGCCUCGUACGCCCGAGCAGAUCCGGCGUGCCCAAGAAGAAUUCGAGAAGAAGGCUGCCGAAGAGUACUACGCAGAGUGGUUCUGGUUCCCCUAUUCUGACGAAGUUUGGAUCAAUACAUGGUCCACUACUCCUGAUCCUCUAGGUGUGCAGGACUAUCCGGAUAAUGAAGAAAUCGCAGUGCAAUGGCUUCAGGCUGUUGCUAUAGAGGCUCUACAAUACCUCGCCAAAGACACAAAUACUGCGGAAAUACUGCCACUGUUAAGGACUACUGCAGUUUCGAGACUAGGCAUGGCUUCCCUGCCUGCCGGCAAAGAAAUCAAAGCUUGGCUCCCCGAUGCGCUUCACUUCAGAAGAGCGAUUCAAAACACACGUGUCCGGGAUAUGGAACUUGAGAUACCCCUCCCUCAUCAAUCUGAUAACCUCGAUAAACCCGACUUCACCAUCGUCCAACACGCCUGGUGGGAAGCAAUCAUCAAGGCGUACGAACACACAGACAAGUGCCCAAUGCGCUUGCCUCUCGAGUUGCGAAUUAUGGGGGACAGUAAUGUGCUGAUGGCGCCUCAGCGCGGCAAUCGUCUCGGCACAGCCUCAAUUGAGGUCUUGACGCUAGAAUCGGUCACCGAGUAUUGGGAUGCAUUUGCGCAGGAGGUCCUCGACAGAUGGAUGGAGCUGAGAGAAUGGAAGGGGCAAAAGCUCAACAUCCGGCCCCAUUGGGCUAAAGAAUGGCAACAGUUCAAAGUGGAUGGCAAGCCCUUCCGCGAGUAUCUCAAGGAAGAGUGCUAUGGCGAUGUAAUCCCCAAAUUUAAUAAAGUGCUUGCACAGAUUGGUCAGACGCAAGGUUGGCAAAGGCAGGAUCUGAAGAGAGUGUUCUCAAAUGGUCUGUUUGAUUAUAUUUUCUUUGAUGAUAUUAAUGCUUAA